CGCGGGUGGUUAGGUGAGCCGGGUCGGGCGGGGAAGGAGGCGGGCUGGGGCUGGGGUUGGGGGACUGCCCGGGGCGUAGAUGGCUCCGAGCCCGUUUGAGCGCGGUCUCCGACUGCGAACUGGACCCACGGCGAUUCUCUGAUGAGUGCCAGCCCCAAACUGUCCGCUCCUCGGGACCUUAGAGCCCCUGACUCAGGCUGGAAGAUUUGAGAGCUGGAUUAAAAUAAUCCAGAAUGGCUACUCUGAUCUAUGUUGAUAAGGAAAAUGGAGAACCAGGCACCCGUGUGGCUGCUAAGGAUGGGCUGAAGCUGGGGUCUGGACCUUCAAUCAAAGCCUUAGAUGGGAGAUCUCAAGUUUCAACACCACGUUUUGGCAAAACGUUCGAUGCUCCACCAGCCUUACCUAAAGCUACCAGAAAGGCUUUGGGAACUGUCAACAGAGCUACAGAAAAGUCUGUAAAGACCAAGGGACCCCUCAAACAAAAGCAGCCAAGCUUUUCUGCCAAAAAGAUGACUGAGAAGACUGUUAAAGCAAAAAGCUCUGUUCCUGCCUCAGAUGAUGCCUAUCCAGAAAUAGAGAAAUUCUUUCCCUUCAAUCCUCUAGACUUUGAGAGUUUUGACCUGCCUGAAGAGCACCAGAUUGCACACCUCCCCUUGAGUGGAGUGCCUCUCAUGAUCCUUGACGAGGAGAGAGAGCUUGAAAACCUGUUUCAGCUGGGCCCCCCUUCACCUGUGAAGAUGCCCUCUCCACCAUGGGAAUCCAAUCUGUUGCAGUCUCCUUCAAGCAUUCUGUCGACUCUGGAUGUUGAAUUGCCACCUGUUUGCUGUGACAUAGAUAUUUAAAUUUCUUAGUGCUUUAGAGUUUGUGUGUAUUUGUAUUAAUAAAGCAUUCUUUAACAGAUUCUU